AAGAAGGGCAGCGCGGAGCGCAGAACCGUGGCCCGGCCUGCCCCUGCGCUGCAGCCACUUUGGCUCCGGAGGGCCCUGCGGGGAGCAGGAGCAGGAGGAGGAGAAGGCGCCCCCUCCCCCUGCUUCAGGAGCAGCUCCCCCGACCUUAGGCGCACGCCCCGCCGAUGCGGGAGGAGCGGGCGGUGUUCCGCUCCCUAUUGCGGGCCGCCCGGGGCUACGACAGGCACCCGCAGCACCUCGCCACGCUGCUGGGCUGGCCGUCGUGCGUGUUCGACCGCGGCGCGAACAGGGUCGUGAGGCAGGCCGUGACGCAGUGCCCCCUGGCCGAGGACGCCGUGUGGGAGGCGUGCGGGGGCUCCACCGAGUUCUCGCACCCAGCGGGGCGGGCGGCCGCGGCAGUGCGCAGGCACAGGCGCCGCAUGGGCGCGCUCGGCCUCGCCUACCUGCCCGGCGCCCGCGUGCUCCUCGGCCGCUUCGAGGACGCGCAGCGCUCCGCGGACCGCGUCCUCGCGGCGGCCGCGCGCCAGGAGAAGACCGUGCUCCCACCGUUGGAGCUGGAGUUCAUCUCUGGCCCCCGGGCCGGCCAGCGGCUGGUCCUUGGCGAGCGCGCAGCCGACAGGGUGGAAGGGAAGCUCUCCCUCGCGGAGCCCGCCGACGCCGCCGCCGCCGGCCGCGGGCCCGCGCCGGGCCCGCCCGGCCUCCCGCCGCUGCUCGGGCCCGCCGCGCCGGCGCCCGCCGCUGCCCCGGGGGCCGCGGCGCCGCCCCUGAGGCGCGUCGGCGCCGACGACCCAUCGCCGUGCUCCGUGGGCCAGCUGCUGAUUGCGCACCCGCUGUCGCUGGACCAGGACCGCAGCUGGACCAGCAGACAGCCGUCCAUGGACCAGGCGGUGAUGCUCAUCACCGCCGCCGACGUCGGCAGCGGCCACGUGAGGGGCGUCGCGCUGAACUCGCCGGCGCGCGGCUCGCUCCGCUCUGUGCUCGCGGCGUGGUCCUGCCGCAGCGGGGAGGGCGGCAUCGUGCAGAUUGACGAGGACGACCGGCGGCUGAUGGAGGCCCUGGAGCCGCUGCUGGACGCCCCCCUGCUCUCGGGGGGCGAGCUCGUGGCCGGCAGCCUGUCGGACAGCAUCACCUGGCUGCACACGCUGGGGCACGCGGUGCCGGGGGCCCGGGAGGUGGCGCCCUCGGUGUGGGUCGGUGGCGACGUGGCUUCGAUCGCGGGCCUGGUGGCCUCGGGCCAGGCGCACCGCGGGCGCGUGCGCCCGGUGCUGGGGCACACGUGCUGGCCCCUGCCGCAGCUGGAGCUGGAGCUGCGGCGCGGCGCCUGGAUCCGGGCGCGCAUGGCGACGGCCGAGGUGUCGCAGCAGCUGUGCAUGUCGACCGUGGCGGCGGAGGACCCCGCCGCGCGGGAGGGCCAGCGCGCCCACCUCUGGCGCACGGCGCUGCGGGCCACCGGCCUCGCUGGCCUCGCGGAGUUCCCGCGGGGCCGCCACGUGGAUGGGGUGAUCCGCGCGAUCAUGCACGAGCACUACCGCGACAUGCGCUACACGCGGCACGAGCGGCCGUGAGCUCGCGCCAGCCCCAAGCCAGCUCCCAGCUGGCCUGCGCUGGCUGCUGCCGCGGCCGGCGGGGGCCGCGGCCGCGCCGGAGCCGCGGGGGAGCAGGGAGCUGUGACAGCUCCCUGCUCCCCCGCGGGCCCCAAGUACGCGACGCGCUCUCUCGCGCGCGGGCCGCUCGUUUUCUCAGUGGGGCGGGGCGCUCGGGAGCGCCGCGCGACGCCGCGCGGGCGCCCCGGCCGCGGCGCGAGCGGGGCCGCGGGGCCGCGACUCGGGGGCGGCCAACGGCCGCGCCUCGUGGUUCUCUGGCGCGCCGGGGGCCCCGCCGCCGCGCGCGGGCCGAGUCCGUCGAGGGCCGGCGCGCCGUCGCCGGUUUUCCAUGCCCUCUCCGGGCUGUGUGGGGCUCCCGGACUCGCCCUGGGGGGUGCCCACACUUGGGUCAGCCGACCCCGCCGCGCCUCCGCCAGCAGGCGUCGGAGGUCUGGACCUCCCUGCAAGAUGUACAAAUACUGACCGAGCGGGCUGCCCGCCUCUGCGCGGGCGCUCUGGCCGAGGUGCCCGGCCCUGGCCUGCCCACCCCGCCGGCGCGGCGCGGCGCCCAGCACGUGCGCCAAGGGCCCUGCCGUUGCCGACGUUCCCCCGUCCGGGAGCG